UACACAUGCUCAUGAUUAUAGGUUAUAAAAAGUAGUCGCUUGACAGACGUCAAUUGAAACGCAAGCGCACCAAGAAUAAUCGCGAAAUUUUGACAUUUUCAAUGAAAACGUGAACCGCGAAAUACGAAAAGUGAUAACAGAACAUCGAAUUCUGUCAUGAAUCUAUUUUUAGUGAUAGUGUCUAAAAAAUAACCUACAAGCGACUUUGUUUUUUUUUCGUAAUACCUGACACGGCGCCCGGAAUAUAUUCAGCCAUGGACCGGCGGAAAAACGAAAGUAGUUCGAAAAAGCAGAUAUUGACUGCUUUAGUUGCAACCAUCCCAACGUUCACAUACGGCAUCCAGAUCGGCUGGCUAUCUCCCAUGGGCCCACUGCUCAAGUCUGCAUCAACGCCUGCUCAAGCGCCGCUCACUGAUAGCGACAUCUCGUGGAUGGCCGCCACACUACCGCUCGCCGCCAUUACUGGGAUCCCGUUCUUUAGUUACGCGUCUGAUCAUAUUGGGAGGAAGAUCUGUGUGAUAUUGGUGUCAUUGUUGUCUUGUAUAUCAUGGACAAUAAAACUAACAGCGAUCAUGCCAUCAGCGCUCAUCGCAGCGAGAGCAAUAGCCGGCCUCGCGGCAGGGGGGUGCUUCGUAGUCGUGCCAGUCUACGUCAAGGAAAUCUCCGAAGACACACUACGAGGGGCCUUGGGGUCCCUGAACAUGACUGUGUGUAAACUAGGGGUCAUAUUCGUGUAUGCCGUCGGAAUGGCCGUCUCGUAUCAAGUGAAUCAAGCUGUGUAUUUGGCGGUGGCGUGCGCACAUGUGGUCGUGUUUUGUUUUAUGCCGGAGUCGCCGAAUUAUUUGUUGAAGAUUGGGCAGGAGAAGAAAGCUGCCAAAACAAUAUCCUGGCUGCGGAGCCUGAACAAGAACCACAAGGUGGUGGUGGAAGAGAUCCUCAAGCUGAAGGAGGAACAGCGCCAGUUCGAGGAGACCUCCCGGGUGUCACUGCUCAGUGUGGUCCGCGACCGCACGACAUUCUCGGCGCUACGCAUGACGCUGGUCCUCAUGGCGAUGCAAACGCUCUCCGGGUGCUUCGCCCUCAUGAACUAUGCAGCUGAUGUGUUCCACCGCGCCGGCACUCAGUGGAGCCCUAACACGCUCGCGCUGGCGGUGGGCUCACUGCAGUUGGCGGGGUCUUUCUUUACAACUGUCUCUAUUGAGAAGUUUGGGAGGAAGAUACCCCUAGCCUGCAGUUCCCUAGUGGUAUCAAUAUGUAUGACAACCUUAGCCACUUGUUUCUUACUGGGUAGCGGCGUGGCUAGCUGGCUGCCGGUCGUGGCAGUGUGCGUCUGCAUACUGGCCUAUGGGGCUGGACUGGCCCCGGUACCUAUGGUUAUAAUGGCCGAGGUUUUUACGUUUCAAGUGCGCGCACGCAUGGCAGGAGCAUCAAUGGCGUUUUCAUUCUUCUGCAGCUCAAUGACAGUUCUCUUCUACACGCCCAUAGCCAACCAGUUCGGGGCUUACGUCGUGUUCUAUACUUUCGCGGCUGUCACUCUAUUUGGGGUGGUCUACACUGUAUUAUGGGUACCAGAAACUAAAGGAAAAAGCUUGGAAGAGAUACAGAAGUAUUGGAAAAAGACUGAACCUGUUUUUGUAUGAUUACCUUCCCUUGAAUUUUUCUUGUAGACUUUGUUGAAAGGUGUAAAUACAUUCCUUAUUUGAAAGUCCUUGGUUGGCCCAAGCGUGUUGUAGGUAUUAUGAAAAUUUUUAUGAUUUUGUAAAAAAAAAAUGAUGGUGUGUGUGAAGGUUGAGAAAAUAUCAUAGUAGGCCAGUCAUUAUUUCCUUGUACCUCACUCCUUGUAUCUCAUAAUUCUUUUUCGUUAUUUUUUUAAAUAUGAAUAUGUUAGUCCAUUUUUAAUAUGUAUGGGUAUUAAAUAAUUCUAAAAGUAUUAAAGAAUUAGGUAAACUACACUUACCAGUAUUUUGGAGUACAAAAGAACUUUAAUUGGAUAAGAAUAGAAAGAUAAAGUACCUAAGUACUUGCUAAUUAUUAAAUUAACCUUUUGAACGCCAAUGUCGGCUAUAGCCGACAUGAGCAAGCGUGCCCUGUGCGCCAACGACGGCUAUACUCGACAAAAAACAGGUCGCAGAAAAAUACAAAAUAAACCUAUUAAAUCAUUACUUUUAUGUAUUUUUUAGUAGAUAUUUAAUUAAGAUUUUCGGGCUUGGCGUACAGGGCAUAGGAAUACCGAUAUGGCGUGGCGGUGAAAAGGUUAAAAUAAUGCAAUCUCAUUAAACUGGUUAUUAUAAUGUAAAUUAUGAAGUUACUAUAAUAUGAAUUUAUUUAUUUGUAAAAAUGUAGUUCUUACAGAUAAGAUUGAAUAUAUCGAUUCCUAGUAUUUUUUAUACACAUAUAAUAUCAGUUUUGUAAAUAUAGAAUUGUAUGGUGUUUGGGAUGAGAGGAUGAACUUUGUAUAUUGUAAUGUUAUGGGUUAACUAAGACUAAUAAAAUGAAAAACUUGCGUAUAAUAAAUGUAUGUCUAUUUAUUGUUAUCAGUGAAUACGAACUAAACCUCUUAGCAUAAAGGUUGUGACAGGUAAACCAAAUGGAACUUUUCAAAUGGAAAACCACCAAGAAAUGUGUUUAUUAUUUAUUUUUGAUACAUAACUACAGAGAAUCACUGCGACAGUGGAGCGAGCGCUGUGUCGCUAAUAUUUUCCGUUUUUGGUACACCUUAAAUUAAAUUUUAUGAAUAAAAAAGUUAUGAAUUAAUGCCGGUCUUGCACGAAUGUUCUGGACAUCGGAGCGGGGUGAGCGAACCCUAUAGUAACUAAUCAAAUAAAUGGUACAUGUCUUUACUUAGAAUAAAUAAACUAUUCAAUAUGUCCUUAUCAUCAGAUCAUACAGGGUAAAUGUAUUUCAAAAAUCUGUGACCUUAUUGACCUCAAGUUAUCAAGCAGACGGAGCGCGUGUGUAGCUACAGGGUUCAAUCUCCGAUAAAAACCUACAAUUGAUAUUUAGAAUAAUAUCACGAAAAAUUAAAUUAUUUUAGUUGACGAAUACCUAAAUUAAUAGGCCGGUAUCUGAGAUACGUCACACGUAAAUAAAAA